AUGGAGCGCGCCUCCAGGAAGAAUUGCAGUGGUGUCCUGGCGAGGCCGAUCAAUGCCGUGGGCUGUGGUGGACUAUCGAUAUCCCGCGCGUCUUAA